UCACCUGUGCAGGUGAGCAGACUGUGUGUUUGUGUGUGUGGGAUGAAAACAGACCGACCCGACAGCUUCAAACUGCACUGACUGAAGCAGUCCCAGGAUGGGAGACGGUAUGAAGACUCAGCUGGUGAGCGCCAUCCAGCUUCAGGAUCUGGAACUGCAAGACAAACCUGCAGCCGACCAGCAGGACAGCGGAAAGAACAACAAAGAAGAACAAACCUUCACGGUGGAAGAAGCUGUGGAGACGAUUGGAUUCGGACGUUUUCACAUACUGCUCUUUUUCAUCAUGGGAAGCUCUAACAUCGUGGAGGCGAUGGAGAUCAUGCUCUUGGCGGUGGUUUCUCCAGAGAUCCGGUGCGAGUGGCGUCUGCAGGACUGGCAGGUCGCGCUGGUUUCCACUGUGGUGUUUCUGGGCUUCAUGCUCUGCGGGGCUCUGGGAGGAUAUGUAGCCGACAGAUACGGACGCUGGAAGGUGGUGUUCGGAGGCUUCGUGUGGAGCUCGUACUUCUCUCUGCUCACCUCCUUCGCACCGUCCUACGGGUGGUUCAUCUUCCUGCGCAGCAUGGUGGGCUGCGGCGUGGCGGGCGUGUCUCAGGGGUUCGUGUUGAAGACGGAGUUCAUCCCCGCCAAACAUCGGGCCGUCCUGCUGCCUCUGGCCAGCGUCUUCUGGAUGAUCGGCUCCAUGCUGAUCAUCAUUCUGGGGAUGCUGGUGGUUCCCACUCUGGGCUGGAGGUGGAUGAUCCGCUUCUCCGUCACACCCAGCAUCAUCCUCAUCUUCCUCUUCAAGUACGUUCCUGAAUCCGCUCGGUACAACGUGUCGGCGGGAAACGUGGACGCCGCCAUGAAGACCCUGCAGUGGAUCGCCGACAUGAACCGGUCCUCGCUUCCUCCUGGACGGCUGGUGGAGCCCGUCGAGAGAGAAAGAGGCAACUGGAGGAUUCUGCUCAGUCCCUCUUUGAGGAGGACGUCCUUACUGCUGUGGUACACCUGGUUCGUGGCGUCCUUCUCGUACUACGGUUCCGUGCUGAGCAGCUCAGAGCUGCUGGAGAAGAACUUGUUGUGUAUUACGAAUCCCGACCCAGACCAUGAGAUCAAACACCGCCUAGAGGACGGACUGUGUUACUGCAUCCCGUUAGCGCUCAGCGACUACCAGACGCUGCUGAUCAGCUGCCUGGGGGAAGUCGCUCUGAUUCCUUUGAACAUCGGUCUGCUCAACAUUUUCGGACGUCGGAUGUCUCUAACAGUCCUGCAGGCGAUGUCGGCUGUUUUUUUCUUGUUGAUCAACAUCUGUACCACCAUGUUUGGAUUCACGGUGCUGCUGUUCCUGCUGCGCUCUCUGGUCUCCAUGAACUUCAACGUGGUCUACAUCUAUACGGCAGAGGUGUACCCCACAGUGGCCCGGUCUCUGGGGAUGGGGUUUUGCACGUCGUUCAGUCGGAUCGGAGGAAUGAUCGCGCCGUUCAUCGCUCAGGUGCUGAUGUCUCAGUCGGUGAUUGCCGCUCUGAUCCCGUUCGCGGUCGCCACGGUGUUCUGCGCCGCCGGAAACUUCUUCUUACCGAUUGAAACCAAAGGACGGAGUCUUCUGCAAAACACUUCAUAAUGAAGCUCGUGGAAAAAGCUCCUGAUUUCGCACCUUAGCAGCUCUCGGUGGAGCUGGUGGCAGAGCUCCCGGCGGAGCUCCCUGAACAAACUGAGGCCUUCUGCUGGUCUUUUGAAGCCUAUUACUGAACUCGGGCGUAGUGGCGAGUUAUCUCGCAGCUGCACGACUUAACCGAUUAUUUUAUGAAUGAACUGUGGUCUGAUGCUGCUCCUGGAACAGACUCUCUCAUCUCGUCUCUCAUUUUCACCCCCGAUGCUCCACAGCGCAUCGUUUCUUUUAUAUUUUAAAGUGAGGCCGAACUCGGACAUGUGUGCCUGUUUACGUCGUCGAAACUGCGGAACAAAGACAAGUGAAGAGUGACCAUUAAAGAGGAGGCUGGAA